GACUUGUUACAAUCAUUAUUAUCAUAUCCACGAUAGUGGGUAAUUCUCUAGUAUGUGUAGCUAUUUCCAAAGAAAGGCGCCUUCAGAAUAUGACCAAUUAUUUUCUUAUGUCUCUAGCCGUUACUGACCUCAUGGUGGCUCUGUUGGUUAUGCCGAUCGCUACUGUCAUUCUAAUGGAAGGUUAUUUUCCCCUCCCUCCAGUCUACUGCUUAGCCUGGGUAUCCCUGGACGUCCUAUGUUGUACCUGUUCCAUUAUGCAUUUGUGCACCAUCUCCGUGGACCGCUACCUUUGUCUCAGAUAUCCUAUGACGUUUGGCCGGAAUAAGACAAAACGAAGAGUUGUACUCAAACUGUGUAUUGUGUGGGCGUUAUCAGUAGCCAUGUCCCUUCCCCUCAGUAUUUUGUAUGAAAAGGAUUCCCAGUCCGUGAUUCAAAACGGCGUGUGUAAUACUCUGGAUCCAGUUUUCGCUGUUGUCGGAUCUGUAAUCAGUUUUUUCAUCCCACUUCUUAUAAUGGUAACCACAUAUCUACUUACUGUUAGAUUACUCCGUAAGAAACAGAAUAAUAUCCCGUUUAAAAGCAACAGAACAAUAUCCGAUUCAACAACUAAAACUAAGACGAAUACCGGGUGUAGAAUGGGGUUAGAAAACGUGUGCCAGAGCUCUGUUAGAAGUUCUUGUUUUUCAGCAACAAACCCGCAUGGUUCACUGUUUUCUUUGAACAAAACAAGCUGCAAAAUGAAUACGUUGUCAAAUAAUUUCCUUAAAGAAUCGGGAAGAACAAGAGACGAUGGAGAUUCAAAUAGAUUUGAGUUCCAACUAAUUAGUAGAGGCAAGUCCGACGUAAAUGCUAAAUCUAAAAGUAUAAAUGGGUUGUUUACAGGUAUGAUAGGAAAUCGACGAAUUCCCUUAAAACCAUUAACAGAUAAUUUAAGAAACUUCUGGAGAAACAGAAAUAGUUUUUCGACGCAGUACAAAACAAGUAGCGAUGUAAAAAUGGAAUCAGAUAUGUGGAAGACGAAACUUUCCACAACAAAAUCCCAACGUAAUCACAGCUGCCCAGCUUUAUUCUCAAAUUUUCAGUAUGACGACUUGAUAAAUAAAGCACUCUUUCUUCCUUCGAAACAUUCGUUGAGACCAUUGAACCACUCUAGUCUUUCUUCAUCAUCUCUGUUCCUUGGAAAGGAUUUCGAUAACAUUAAUCAAACACGUGUUUCAAGCAUUGACACAAGGCAUUUUACAGAAAAACAGAUUAUAUCGUGCUUUGAGAUAAUACCGGAUUGUUUACUACUCAGCCACUCUAGUAGAAAAUCUGAAAAUCAAACUUUUCAACAUCGUUUCGAAACAAAUACAGAGCUGUUCUCAAGUUCCCAUGAUAAAGAAACGUUAAAAGAUUUUAAAAAUGCAAUAACUAUACAAUCCACCAUAACAGAGCAUGCUUCAUCCUCUAGUAAGGUACUUUUUCUAGGGUGUUCCAAAUCAUUCUAUUUACCAAGUCAGUCAACAUCCCAUCAGGAAACUUGCUCAGAAAAAGACCAUAUACAAAAGAAAAUACAAGUGACUUUAACAGAAAAAGAACAAACAAUGACUAGGAGGAAUCUUCUCAGAAACAGUAGAAUCAUUAAAUUGGAACAAAAGGCUACAAAAGUUUUAGGAGUUGUGUUUUUUGCUUUUGUGUUUCUGUGGUCUCCAUUCUUUGUAACAAAUCUGAUUUGGGGUUUGUACCCCAACAGACAAGACCUAAUCAGUCCAACAUUCAUGUACAUUUUUGGAUGGAUGGGUUAUUCUUCCUCCAUGGUCAACCCGAUAUGCUAUACCAUUUUCAAUCGUACCUUUCGACAGACAUUCCUCAAAAUUCUCACCGGAAAAUGGGAUCAAGUUGGUCAAUAAUAUAAAAAUAAAUUCGCUUUAAAAAACGUAGAAAAGCUAUAGCAUCCUAGUAAUAUUAAAAACAUUUCCACAGAAAAAUCAGCUAUGAACAAAUAUGGAACCUUAAUCACAACUUAUUAAGCUUACUUACACAAAGCUGUUUCUGAAAUCACACGCCUCUGCAUGUAACAGAAGUUAAUUCGGACUUUAAAGAUAUGGAAGAUGUAUAUUUCAAAUUCUAGAAUUUUGGUAAUAAAGUUACAAAAAAUUACCUGUACUGUUUAGAAAAUA